CACGAAAACGUCGAAAUGCCACGCCAGAUGAAGCGGGAUAGCCUUUGGACUGCGAACGCACCAUGCCAAUUGGAGUUCGUCGUUGACAACAAAACUGUUGCAGGGUUGUUGAAUUCGGAAGUGCGCUGUAGCAGUGACUUCUACAGGCCGCUUGUUUCACGCGCCCGGAAUACGUGUUAGAAUCUGUACAAGACGGCAUUUCGCCACAAAGCGGGGUUCUUACCCUCGCACGAUUGGCGGCCACGAGAAUUUAACCAAGCAGCUGAUAUGGUUUGCCAUAUCGUGUUGAGCCGCCGGGAAGGGGUCGACAAAUUAGAUCCCCAGGAGUUUGCGGAAAAAGUGGAGGCGGGAUGGCACCUCCAAGUCUUUUCUGAUGGCGGCUUCUCUGCGGGUCUCGGAUCCUGUGGCGUCGUCGUGGUGGCAAUUGCACCCAAUCCGCCAUUCGAUAGGGCUGUGAUUGGCUACCGUGGUCUUUUUCUGAAUGAGGCCGUCUCGGCCUUCCAGGCGGAAAUCGUCGCAGCCGAAUUUGCCGUGCAAGUUGUUGCGGGCAUACGCCCCGUGCAUAAAAAGAAGCGUCUGCGCUUUGAUGUAUAGCCAUGUUUCGAGGUAUGCUGUCUCAAUUACUUUACAUGUUAGUCAUGUUUGGUUGCACUGUAGUGUCUCAUUCGUUGGCGACUCGAUGAGGGGAGCUUCCUUGGAA